AUGGUUGUGUGGGGUCCGCUGCAGCGGCAGCUGAUGGCCUACAUUGCACGCCAUCCACAGUUCCAGCAAGCCGUAAGGAACACGGGGCAGCGCGUGGUGGCUCACCCGAUGUUUCAGAAAGCAAAGGAAAGCGCCUACUCAGCAUUUGAUAAGGUGGGCGCGAAGGCGAGUGGUAGUACAGAGGAAUCGACGUUCAACGCAUGGAGGCGUAGGAUCAACAACAGCUGGCACAAGCGCAAGGCUGGCGUAAUGAGCUUCAUCACUGCGAAUCUUAUGGCCAUCCUCAUCUUUGCUCAAGUUAGCCCAAUGCUCUGGCACUCAGUAAGGCGUGGCAUCCACUACCUUACCGAAGAGACGCCAAGCGCCGAGGCAGAGCGCAAGGAGAAGCGCCGAAAGGAAAAAGAAGCGGCGGUGGAGCAAUCCCUGUUCAAUGCGAAGGCCCCUAAUGAUACCAUGCGUGACAAUGUUCCUCGAAGUGUACCGCCACAUCAUGCCGUUCAGGGCAGCCUCACAGAGCACAGCACAGCAGCAUCGAGGCCGGCUCAGUCUUGGCAGACAUCUUCUUCACUCUUUGACGACACGGUUAAUAUCAAGCAGCAACCAGAUGCACAGCAGUCGUUUAAUGACAUGCACAAGGAUGUGUUUCGGACCUCCGAUGGCAGUGCGCAAAUCAACUUCGAAACAUCCUUUCUGGUGAAAAUGGGCGAUGAGACCUCGUUCACGUCCUCUCUCGAGAGAGAGGCGCUCACGGGAAGUGCGUCCUCUUGUCCGUUGUAA